AUGGUUUUGGUUUCAACGGCGACUCUGUUCGGCGCAUUUGCUUCUGCAAUGGCGAUGCGCUUCUUCUUCAACCCUAAGAAACAUCUCUUCUCGACAAUCAAUUCGGAGUCAAACGGCGUCGUUGGGAGGAAAAAUUCUACUCAAAGCCCCUUCGAUCCUUCCAAACGCAAAGGGUAUUUAUCAUGGGAUGACUAUUUCAUGGCAAUCGCAUUUCUAUCUGCUGAGCGGUCCAAGGAUCCUAACAGGCAGGUAGGUGCAUGCUUGGUGAGUCAAAAUGGAAUAAUCCUUGGCAUCGGCUACAAUGGAUUCCCACGUGGUUGUUCAGAUGACAAGCUUCCCUGGUCGAAGAAAUCCAAGAAUGGGGACCCUUUGGAGACAAAGUAUCCUUAUGUUUGCCAUGCUGAAGUUAAUGCUAUCCUGAACACAAAUCAUGCAUCUGCAGCAGGGCAGUCAGGUGUUUCUGAAGUUAUCUAUUUUGUAGAGAAGAGAUUGGGCAAUUCAGAAGCUGCCUAUGCCGCUUCUCACAAACUUCUAUCAAUGGCAGGUGUAAAAGUUAGGAAACAUCAGCCACAGAUGAGUCAGAUUCUAAUCAAGUUCGAGGGGCCCUAGAAGUUCCAUCAUGAUAUGAAUUUUUCAGUCUGUUGUAAGGUAAUAUUUUUAUAUAAUCUACAAACUCAACCACC